AUGAUUUUACUGCACCUGUGGGCGUCCCAGCUGGCUGUGCUGCACCUGUGGGCGUCCCAGCCGGUUGCUCUGCACCCGUGGGUGUCCCAGCUGGUACUGCAGCUGUGGGUGUUCCAGCUGGUUGCACUGCACCUGUGGGCGUUCCAGCUGGUUGUGCUGCACCUGUGGGCAUCCCAGCUGGUUGCGCUGCACCUAUGGGCGUCCCAGCCGGUUGUACUGCACCUGUGGGUGUUCCAGCUGGUUGCACUGCACCUGUGGGCGUCCCAGCUGGCUGUGCUGCACCUGUGGGCGUCCCAGCCGGUUGCUCUGCACCCGUGGGUGUCCCAGCUGGUACUGCAGCUGUGGGUGUUCCAGCUGGUUGCACUGCACCUGUGGGCGUUCCAGCUGGUUGUGCUGCACCUGUGGGCAUCCCAGCUGGUUGCGCUGCACCUAUGGGCGUCCCAGCCGGUUGCUCUGCACCUGUGGGUGUUCCAGCUGGUACUGCACCUGUGGGUGUCCCAGCUGGUUGUGCUGUACUUGUGGUUCCAGCUGGUUGCACUGCACCUGUGGGUGUUCCAGCUGGUACUGCACCUGUGGGUGUCCCAGCUGGUUGUGCUGUACUUGUGGGUGUCACAGUGGGAAGCAGCUUCUAAACUCAGGAACCUAGGAAGGGAAUCUGGUACGGGCGUAGCUCUACCAGAGGAGGACAUCUGGUCGCUCUUGUCCCUGGCUGCGGAGCAGCUCCUGGGGACCCCUGUGAGGGUAAGGGGGUGCUCCGCAGACUACGUGGUCUGCCCCUGGCUGACCUUGCUUUCUGGGUUUGGAACUUCUUUCCUUGGCCAUGCAUCUCACAUAGAGGCCGCUCCUUUCAAGGCCCCUGAACUGCUACGGAGACAGAGCAACAGCGAGCAGCCUGAUGUCCCUCAGCGGGCAGCAACCAAAGCCGACUUCCACGCUGAAGAUUUCAUCCCAGCAAGUCUGAUCGAGAAGAUGACUGCUCGCGGGACCCAGGUCCCUGUCUCAGCGAUGCGCCGCCACGGUCCCCUGCUGGGGAGAGGUGGCCAGGAGUUCCUGAGGGCACUGCGGGCCGUGGAAGUCCAUGCGGCCUGCCCCAGGGAGUGCCCAGAGGCCUACACUGCGCAUCUUCCAGAAUAUGGCAUAUUGGGCUCACCGAGUUCUCCCAGAGAAGACAAGCUCGGAGGGGAGAUGGCCUUGGGGAUCUGGGCCAAGGGCCUCAUAAUAUAUGAAGUGAAAAACAGCAGCAGAAUUGCAACUUUACGAUUUCAGUGGAGAGAAAUUGGGAAGAUUUCAACUUAUCGAAAGAAGUUCACCAUCACAAGCAGCAUCAGGGAUUCGGCCAAGACCUGUAAAUAUUUGCUGGGCCUCUGCUCUACCCAGCAUGGCUUUCAUGCUCAUAUGAAUGCUCCCCAAGUUGCAACUGACUAUGGUGGGUGUGAGCAAGUGGUCAAUUUGAGUCUUGCCCACCUGGCCCAGACUGAGCCUAUCACUUGGAUCAGAGUGACACGCUCAGAAAGUGCGCUGGUUGCAUUCAGGCAGGAGGACCCUGCAGGAGGCCUGCUGGGCACGUCGCUGGACAGCUUCACCGAGGACAUUGGCGAGGAGACGGGGGCCACAAGAAAUCGGAGGCAGAUGGGCUGGACACCCCUGUUCCCUGGGCCCAAACCAGAGAAGAAUAGCACAGCCAAUUCUGGGGUCUUCUCUCCAGACAGCCUGAGCCCUGGGCACCAGAGCAGUUUUUCAUCACACACACAAGACCAGAAGAGAAAUAUUGAAGAACUAGAAAUGGCUGGAACUCAGAGCUUACUGUCCAGAUCACUUUCAGAAACCAAUGCCAGUGGAAUCUACUUUGUGGAACUGGUUAAAGAAGUUGAAGGGAUCUACGUGAAAUCCAUCCUUCCUGGAGGACCAGCUGCCAAGGAAGGGCUGGUCCUGCAGAGUGACAGGCUCCUGCAGGUAGACGGAAAGAGUCUGAGAGGCCUCAUCCACAAGCAGGCCGUGCAGUGCCUCAAGGGCUCUGGGCAGGCAAGGGCACCCUCACUCAUUCCUGGGAGAAAGAGGCCCAGGACUGCACAGCAGUGUCCUUCUGUUAAUAGCAGGACGGGAGUUGAAUGCAGGGCUGUUUCCUUGGCAACAGCCUUGCCUGGCAGGCCUGCAAGCUGUGUCUUGGUGACAGAUGGUGUGAAGUUUGAAUUCAAACUGAGGAAGGCUGGUGGUGGUGUGGGAUUCCCCUUUGUGCAGAUGGAAGAGAGCUGCAGCCACCUCAAUAAUGAUCUUGUGAGGAAUAAGCGGCUCUUCCCAGGGCAGCCAGCUGAGGAGAGAGCCACCGCAGCUGGUGGCAUUAUCCUGGCUGCAAAUGGAAAGCCCAUGGACGUCCUCUUCCAAGCGGUGCUCCAUUUACUGCGAGGGGCCUCUCGGAAGGGCCUCUCGGAAGUCACGCUCCUGCUUUGCCCCCCUCCGGGGGUCUUGCCUGAGAUGGACCAGGGCUGGCAGGUGGGCAUGCUGGUGGGACUGCUCAAGGCCCGCGGGCUUAGCCUGGGCUCCACGGAGCAGCCCAUGGAUGCGCUUCAAGGUGUCCAUCGACGUCUGCGCCUGGAAUGUUGA